AUGAAGGGACAAAUCAGACGACUAGGUAAGAACCCAGAAUUACUGAAGGAAUAUGACAGUAUCAUUAAGGCCCAAGAAGAGUUAGGCAUCAUAGAGAGGGUAGGAAAAGAUAGUGUGAUUAAUUCUCAUGCCAAAAUACAUUACAUGCCUCAUCAAGCUGUCGUGCGAAAGGAUGCCAAGACGACAAAGGUUAGAGUGGUUUAUGACGCAAGCGCUAAAGUACUCAAGUCAAGUGUCUCUUUGAAUGAUUGUUUGCAUAUCGGACCUUCACUUAAUCCACUUUUGUUUGAUAUUCUGCUUAGGUUCCGUGAGCAAAGGAUAGCGCUAAUAGCGGACAUAGAGAAGGCCUUCCUAAACAUUGAAGUGCACGAAAGGGAUCGAGAUAGCCUAAGGUUUUUGUGGGUAGAUGAUGUACUGCGCAACAAUUUGAAUCUUGUAGUUUACCGUUUUUGUAGAGUCGUGUUUGGGGUGAAUUCGUCACCAUUUUUGCUUAAUUCGACGUUAAGGCAUCAUAUUAGCAAAUAUUUACAGUGCGAUAGGGAAUUUUCAGAAAAACUGCUAAAAAGCUUUUACGUGGACGAUCUUGCCAGCGGUGAAUCUAGUACAGAGCGAGCGUAUCAGCUAUAUCGUAAGGCCAACGAACGCAUGAAUGAAGGCGGAUUUAAGUUACGCAAAUGGCGGACUAAUGUAGUGCGUUAA